GAGAGAGAGAGAAAAAGAGAUAGAAAAGGAGAGAGAAAAUAAGGGUGAUUUUAUUUGGAGAGACAGAAAGAAAGGACAAUGAUUAUGCAUCCCAGUUUCCUGAAAAAUACGCACGGUUAGUGGAAAGUAAAGUGCAUAGAUAUCCACGCAUCAAACACUCACUGAGAGCUCAAGCAGAUUAGUUUUAAGUUAAAAAAGUGAUAAACGAUGAGUAUACCGUACGAUGAGAGCUUAAUCUGGAUAGUAGUAGCCGGCUUCAUAGUGGCGUUCAUCCUGGCAUUCGGGAUCGGCGCCAACGAUGUCGCCAACAGCUUCGGGACGAGCGUCGGCGCCGGGGUGCUCACGAUAUUCCAAGCCUGCGUCCUGGCGACCUUCUUCGAGAUCGCCGGUGCCACACUGAUAGGAUACAAGGUCUCCGACACGAUGCGGAAGGGUAUACUGGACGUCUCGCUGUACGAGGGCCACGAGAAGGAGUUGAUGCUAGGGGCAUUGUCCAGUCUAGCCGGAUCCGGUAUCUGGCUACUGCUGGCAACCGCGCUACGACUUCCAAUUUCCGGUACGCAUGCCAUUGUUGGUGCUACAGUCGGAUUUUCGCUCGUAUGCCGUGGUACCGCCGGGGUGAAAUGGACGGCUCUCAUAAACAUAGCGGCGUCCUGGUUCGCCAGUCCCAUACUCAGCGGAGUAGUGUCAGCCGGUAUCUUCUGGCUGCUGAGAAAAUUCGUGCUCCACUCCAAGAAGCCGUUUGAACAGGGUCUCUACAUUCUCCCCGUAGUGUACGGUCUCACCGUUGCUGUUAAUGUUAUGUCAAUUGCGCUUGAUGGACCUAAACUAUUAAUGCUGGAUCAAUUGCCGUGGUGGGGCAGCCUGAUAUCCGCGCUAGUAUUAGGCACGAUUGUCGGGUUGAUCGUGUACGUGUUCGUGGUGCCGUGGCAGAGGGCGAAGAUAUUGCUGGAUAUGGCGAGCAACGACGACGCGAUGGCCGCGCACUUCAACAAUUGUCAGGACAAGAAGGAGACGACGGCGCUGUCGGUGAUCUCGGAGGCUCCCAGCAGCAGCAGCAACGGCAAUGCGAGGUCCGAGCUGACGGUGACUACGCCGCAGCUGCGCGGCAACAGCAGCGAGAGCCCGUUGCUGAUGGUCGCGCAGGCGGACGCGGAGAACGCGCAGAUGGAGGCGAUGAUGCGCGAGGAGCAGCCGGAAGUGUCGAGGCUGUUCGCCUUUCUGCAAGUGCUCACCGCGAUGUUCGGCAGCUUCGCGCACGGCGGCAACGACGUGAGCAACGCGAUCGGACCGCUGAUAGCGCUCUGGGCGGUUUACGCCGAGGGCUCGGCGCGGCAGGAGGCUGAGACGCCUAUAUUUUUAUUGUUGUUCGGCGGCCUAGGUAUUUCCACGGGACUGUGGGUAUGGGGACGCAGGGUGAUAAGGACCCUCGGCCAGGACCUUGCGCGCAUCACUCCCACAUCUGGAUUCACCAUAGAGGUGGGAGCCGCGGUGACGGUUUUGCUGGCGAGUAAAGUUGGCUUGCCCGUGUCGACGACACACUGCAAAGUGGGAUCGGUGGUGUGCGUGGGCUGGGUCUCCAGCGGCGGCGAGGGAGUCUCGUGGAGGCUCUUUCGCAAUAUUGCGUUCGCCUGGGUGAUCACCGUGCCGGUGACCGGCUGCCUGUCCGCCGGCUGGAUGGCCAUUUUCCGCGAGACGAUUAGUUUGUGAUUCCUCGCACAGUCGCGGCCGAGAGGUUUUAGACGCGCAAGAAAAUACCAUCCAAAUAACUACUGUUGUCAAUAAGUUCUGAACAAAUAAAUGGUCGAACAGAAAACA